CCUCACAGCACAGGGGAUGAACACAGCCGAGGGAACUGGGGUCACCUGGACCAGCUGGCUGCCCUGCGCUGGGUCCAGGACAACAUUGCCAGCUUUGGAGGGAACCCAGGCUCUGUGACCAUCUUUGGAGAGUCAGCGGGAGGAGAAAGUGUCUCUGUUCUUGUUUUGUCUCCAUUGGCAAAGAACCUCUUCCACCGGGCCAUUUCUGAGAGUGGCGUGGCCCUCACUGCUGUUCUGGUGAACAAAGGUGAUGUCAAGACCUUGGCUGAGGUAGGUCUCCCGCUGGAUACUCCCACCCCCUUGGCUCCUGUCUUCUCAGAUGCUGGAGCACCCACCUACAUGUAUGAGUUUCAGUAUCGUCCAAGCUUCUCAUCAGACAUGAAACCCAAGACGGUGAUAGGAGACCAUGGGGACGAGCUCUUCUCCGUCCUCGGGGCCCCAUUUUUAAAAGAGGGUGCCUCAGAAGAGGAGAUCAGACUCAGCAAGAUGGUGAUGAAAUUCUGGGCCAACUUUGCUCGCAAUGGAAAUCCCAAUGGGGAAGGGUUGCCUCGCUGGCCAGAGUACAACCAGGAGGAAGGGUACCUGCAGAUUGGUGCCAACACCCAGGCGGCCCAGAAGCUGAAGGACAAGGAAGUGGCUUUCUGGACCAAACUCUUUGCCAAGAAGGCAGUGGAGACGCCACCCCAGACAGAACACAUUGAGCUGUGAAUGGAAGAUCCAGCCAGCCUUGGGGGCCUGGAAGAGCAAAGGCUGGGGUAUUUUGCAAAAGGGAUUGCAGGUUCUGAAGGCAUCUUACCGUGGCUGCGGAAUUGUCUGGUGGUGGGGGGCAGGGAACAGAGGCCAUGAAGGAGGAAGUUUUGUAUUUGUGACCUCAGCUUUGGGAAUAAAGUAUCUUUUGAAGGCCAAA